CAAAGGUGUCCAGGGGCUCCGUUGCAUCUUUUUACUAGUACUAUCAUAACUUUCGGUCCAGCUUUACUACUGCAUUAACUCCUCUGAUCAUUUCAUAUUUAUUUAUUGACUGAAAAAUGUCUGUUAAGACAUAUAAAAGACUUAAAUCUUGGAGCAGGUCUGCGCACUGGCUUUCUCAUUUCGGCGUCUGGAAACCACAGUUGGAUUCGGCCACAAGAGGAAGUAUUUAUCGUUCCCGAGAAGAGGCAGGAUUGAAAGAGGUUUCAUCGACUUAUUAAAGAGGUGGUUGCUAAGAGAUGACAAUCGGUGACAUUGGUGAGAGCCUCUGAUGCAGAGCAGCCUGAAGCUCGACUUCUCCAGGAUCUCUUCCCUCCACACCUCCAUCUGUACCUGGCUCAUGUGAAGGACGCGGGAAAGCACUCUCAGAUCAACAGGCUCGCAAAACACCAUGGCAGCUUUUACUGCUCCGUGUGCCCCUACCAGUACCUCGACCAGCACAGGAGUGGCCCGAACUGCAUGGAAAAGGCAAGGAGACAGCGUAGAGGCGGGUGCGUGCGAGAACGGGGACAUGGGACAAAACACUAUCCUGGAGAAAACUCACGAGUUCUUCCAGAUGUGCGACAUCGAGAACAAGGGCUUUAUCUCCCGGCGUGACAUGCAGAGGCUGAACGAUGGGCUCCCUCUCAGUGCGGAGGAGUUGGAGAACGUGUUUGAUACCCUUGAUUCCGACGGCAAUGGAUUCCUCACCCUCGACGAGUUCUCCUCUGGCUUUAGUGAGUUUUUAUGCGGCCAGAAGAUUUCUGUAAAGGAAGGCAUGGAGGAGAAAAUCCCAGCAGAGGUCCUGUACCAGAGCCAGUGGGAGGAGAGCAUGGCAAGAGGAGAUGAGGAUGAAGAGGAGAAACACUUCAGCAUGCUUAUGGAGAGCCUCGGGGCCAACAGUGUCUUUGAGGAUCGUGCUGAGGUGCGCAGUUUGUGGGCCCAGCUGCGCCGGGAUGAGCCACAACUUUUAUCCAAUUUUGAGGACUUCCUGGCCAGAGUGACAGCCCAGAUCCUAGAAGCCAACCAGGAGAAGAGGGACAUGGAGAGCGCUCUCAAAAGGAAAGCAGCAACACACGAUGAUGAGAUCCAGCGUCUUUAUGAGGAAAUGGAGCUGCAAAUAAAAAAUGAAAAAGACAGAAUUGUGCUGCAGGACUAUGAGCGCUUCCUGUCUCGCAGUCAAGACAUGGAGCUGCAGCUGUCCAGUAAGGAGAAGGAGUUGGAGAAGCUCUUUCAGAAGCAGAGACGGUUGGAGCAUCAGUGCAAGGAGCUUCAUAGUGAGCAACACGAGACCAAGGUGGAGAACGUGAAGCUGAAGCAGACGAAUGAUGAGUUGAUGCGGGAGCUGGAGAACACCAGCCAAGAGCUGAUCUUGGCGCAGGAGCAGCUGAGUGCGCUGCAGGAUCAGUCCACACGGCUUCAUGAGGAGAAGGAGAUGGAAAUAUACAGAGUGACUGAGGGACUGAAUCGAGAGCGAGCAAGCCUACUUAAACAACUGGACCUUCUGAGGGAAAUUAACAAACAUUUAAGGGAUGAAAGGGACAUGUGUUAUCAGAAACCAAAGAAAACACCAGGUCUGAGGCAGAGGCCUUUAAUCAGCGAAGUAAAGCACACAAACACAAAUGUCUUCAAAAGUGAAGAUGAAGAGGAUGUUACCACAAGCUCUGUGGGGCAGAACCUCACCAAUGGGCCGAUCCGGGCCUCCUGCAAAAGAGGGCACCUCCAGAGAAUCAUCUCCAUCGAGGAGGACCACCUCCCGCAUUUGCUCCAGGAUGACUGCCAGGUCCAAACCCCGCUGAGGGAGUGUAGAGAGGCAGAGGAUGCCUCAGACAUUGAGGACAAUAUAGACUUGGUGAUGAGCGAUAUUUACCCGCAUGCAUCAGCAGCCCAGCAACAACUAUUGAAAGAAACUGGGGAGAAACGGGUGACCCCCACAUCUCCUAGGGGUCAGCCUGUUGGCAAGGAGACCAGCAUAAAUGAUGAAGGUGGUCCCUCGCCGCCCGACCGCCUCUUCAAGAUCGUCCUGGUGGGGAACUCCAGUGUCGGAAAGACCUGCUUACUUAGACGAUUUUGUGACGACUCCUUCCACCCUGGCACCUCUGCCACUGUGGGUAUUGAUUACAGUGUAAAGACGAUAACUGUGGACAACAGCCAGGUGGCACUGCAGAUGUGGGAUACGGCGGGACAAGAGAGGUAUCGAAGCAUCACCAAGCAAUUCUUUCGCAAGGCCGACGGUGUGGUUGUGAUGUAUGACAUCACAGCCCAGCAGAGCUUCACAGCCGUCAGACAGUGGCUGACAAGUGUAAAGGAGAGUGCAGGCGAGGACAUUCCAAUCAUGCUCUUGGGAAACAAAACGGACAAGGAGAUGGAGAGACAAGUUCAGAAAGGAGUGGGGGAAAGACUUGCCAAGGACUGCCAAAUGACUUUCUAUGAGUGCAGUGCUUGUUCGGGACACAAUGUGGUGGAGUCCAUGGUUCAUUUAGCCAGACUUCUGAAAGAGCAGGAGGACAGAGAGAAGGAGAAGACGGUCCAGCUGGUCAGCGGCACCUCAGAUAAGAAGAGAUCCUGCUGCUAGUAGUUAAACCGUAACACGUAUAUAGUAGCACUACCCUUUACAAACACACACAAUGCGACGUGAUGGUGUGACCACAUGUGCCACAGAGGACCAGUAUUCUUUAUGUCAGCACAGCCGCUUCACACACACAGUCUUCCUUCCACUUUGUAGCACAUCAGAAUAAAUGCUGUAUUCGUGUUGUCAAGUG